AGGCAACUAGUCACACCUGUGAAAGGUCCUUUAAAAGGAGAGGUGGAAGAAGUAGGCCAUAACUCACAGAGACACCCAGUGAAUCCCUUGGAAGAGUGCAGAAGGAGACUAUCACCAUGGCGACAUUAACCAUCAUUCUUCUUUUUUAGCAUGGCUUUUGCUCUGGGAGAUGCUACGAUACAACCCAAGACCCCCUGUGAGCGUGCUAGAGAUGCUGCGAUAAAUGGCCCAAUUGGAGCUUACAUCCCAACGUGUGACGCCGCUGGACAAUACACCCCUAAGCAAUGUUCGGGCUCUACAGGUUACUGUUGGUGUGUGACCAGUACUGGACAGAAGAUUCCGGGCACUGAGACUCCUCCAGGCACUGCUCCAAUCAAAUGUCCAUGCAGUGGUCCUCGCAGAUGAAAGAUGUUGGAAUGAAGACGUUGAGAAGACUUUGCAAAUACUUUGACAGUUGUCUUUACUGUACUGAGGGAGAUGCCUCUCGCCAUACACAUAAUGAAGAAAUGUAUUUACUUUGUUGGUUUUACAUGUUGAACAAUGUAUCUGAACUGUCCAUUUCUGUGAACUGGAGGAAGGGAUUUUACUGUAUUACCUCCACACGGGUGUUCAUAAAGGCAGUCAAAUGGUAAUUAGGCUCUCCAAGCUAUGAUGCUGCUGAUGGUUAUUAGUAGCCUACUACACUUGCUAACUGCCUGGUACUCAGCUCUUUAUUGCCCUGUAAUCACUAUCAAUGUAAUUUCAAAUAAACUAUUGGUCACAAAUGUGCUUAGCCGAGGAUAUUGCGGGUGUAGUGAAAUGCUUGUGCUUCUAGCUCCGACAGCGCAGUAAUAUUGAACAAAUCCACAACGUGUGUACACACACUCAGUACGCAUGAAUUAACUAUAUACAUAUUGAAGACCGCCGUCAGAACAGACUAGGAUACAGAAUAUACACUCGUGGCCAAAAUAUUUGAUGGACCCAAAUAUUAAUUUAGAUAAAGUUUGCUGCAUCAGUGUCUUCAGAUAUUUUUGUCAGAUGUCACUACGGAAUUCUGAAGUAUAAUUACAAGCAUUUCAUAAGUGUCAAAAGCUUUCAUUGACACUUACAUCAAGUUGAUGUAGAGAGUCUAUUUGCAGUGUUGACCUGUUUUCAAGACCUCUGAAAUCUGCCCUGACAUGCUGUCCAUUAACUUCUGGGCCACUGAUGGCAGGCCAUUCUUGCCUUACCAAUGCUUGGAGUUUGUCAGAAUUUGUGUGGUUUUUGUUUG